AUGUUGGUUAAAGAGUUGCUUGAGGCGCCUUGGGCCUUUUUAAACUCCACAGCAUCCGCGUCGAAUAUCCGCUUGUCCUACUUUGUGGCACCUCUCAUCGCGAUUACAGUCGCAUGCUUCUUCUUCACGUCCAAGCCCAACGCACCCUGUCUCAACCCUCAAGGCUUUUUCGACAUCGCCAGUGGCCGGGCAAAAAAACAGUUCCUCUUUGGGCUACGAUCCAUGCUCAAGACUUGGUUCGAUGCCAACCCUCAUAAACCGGCCUCUGUCUUUAGUGACAUCGGGCCGAUGACCGUGUUGCCUCCGUCUAUGGCCAACGAGAUUCGAAGCGACCCGCGAUUGAGCUUCGUCGAGUUCAGUGCCAAGUUCUUCCAUACUUCUAUUCCUGGGUUCGAGGCAUUCAAUGAAGGAACUCGCGAUAGCAUCACUUUGACAGUCAUCAACAAAGAUCUUACAAAGCGGCUGGCCCAGGUCACCCAACCUCUGGCAGAAGAAACCACUUUGGCAAUGCAGGAAAUUUUUACGGACAACAAGGAAUGGCAUUUAAUCAAUGUCAGAGAAAAAAUCCUUCAUCUUGUCGCACGCAUAUCCUCGCGUGUCUUUCUAGGCGAGGAACUCUGCCGAGAUGAAGCCUGGCUAAAGAUUACAAGGGAACACGCCAUGAAUGGCUUUGUUGCUGCUGACUUACUUCGCGCAUGGCCAGAAGCCCUGCGACCUGUUGUUUCCUGGUUUAUGCCUCACUGCCGGACUGCGAGGUCUCAAAUUCGAGAAGCUGAGAAAAUAAUCGGACCCGUUAUCUCUAAACGCCGAGAAGCAAAAGACGCUGCUCUCAGGGCAGGCAGAGAGGCACCUAUACACAACGACGCCAUUGAGUGGUUUGAACAGGCUUCCAAGGGGAAGCCCUAUAACCCAGCCCUUUCUCAGUUAUUCCUAUCAACAGUCGCGAUACAUACGACCACUGAUUUGCUCUGCCAGACCAUGAUCGAUAUUGCCAGGCACCCGGAAUAUUUUGAGCCCCUUCGGGAAGAGGUAACGAGGGUUCUUGCGCAGGAUGGUUGGAAGAAGACUUCUCUGCACAGCAUGCAGCUGCUGGAUAGCGUUGUGAAGGAGAGUCAACGGCUGAAGCCUCUACAGCUCGCUAGUAUGCAGCGUUUGGCGGUCAAGGAUGUCCAGCUUUCCGACGGCACCUUUAUUCCCAAAGGCACAGCAUCCUGCGUCUCCUCUCAUGCUCUGUGGGACCCCGAUGUGUACGAGGCACCCGACACUUGGGAUGGCCACCGCUUCCUCCGCCAGAGAGGAAUUCCCGGCAAAGAAAACUUUUCUCAGCUCGUCAGCACGAGUGAGAACCAUCUGGGAUUCGGUCACGGAAAGCAUGCCUGUCCUGGACGGUUCUUUGCUGCCAACGAGAUCAAGAUCGCCUUGGCUCACCUGCUGCUGGAAUACGAGUGGAGGCUGCCCGAGGGUGAGGCUUUGGAUGUUGAGGAUUUUGGAAUCACGCCUAUCAUGAACCAGACUCUCAAGAUGGAAUUCCGUAAGAGAGACUGA